AUGAACCUGCCUUCUCGGGGGAAUGAGGUGGAUGUGUCGAAUGUCGAAGUCGAAGUUCCGCAUCAACUCGUCAUCAACCACGCAGAGAAAUUUUCGUAUUCAUGGAUCAAGAUGGAAGACAACUUGAAGCAACGUUUUGUGCGAGCAUACGCCAAGACGAAGGAGUUUAAGAACGAAGACAGGUGGACUCUUCUUCGUGAAGGCGAGAUCAUUUCGCAGAGUCAUGACACAAGCACCACGGCUCAUCUCGGCAACUACUACGACAAGAAGCGAUCGUUGGUAGAGUUUAAGGAAGGCGAUUAUGUGAUGCUGGUGCCACGAAACAUACCGUUGAAGCACGCUCAAGUCAAAAACAAGAAUGAAAAGGCGAAGCUCGUGCCUCGAUUCAUUGGGUCGUUCAAGAUACAAGGAGUUGUGAACGCCAAUGCGAUGCGAACGAUUUCAAGGAAGACAACUCCUAUCAUUCACCACGACGCGGGAAAUAAACUGCACAUCGUUGAAGCGCUGUUGAAGCAAAGAGAGUUCAAUCGGAAGAAAGAGUACUUGGUCCAGUGGCAUGGUUUGCCCGAGCACGAAGCAACUUGGGAGCUUGAGCGCAGCAUCAAGGACGCCAUUUCAAACGAUUACUGA